CGAGCAGGAUGGGUGGGGGAGAUCAAUUCCCCUGCCUUUUCCGCCCGCAGUUCAAGUGUUUCUCCAUCUUCCUGAAGACAAGGUCGUCCCAGGGACUAUUUGCACAGCGUACGUCUUCCUAUUAAAUCUUGUUUUCCCACCAACUAUCAUUAGAGUAAAGAUGUUGUCCCCUGGGAGAAAAACUGGCUGAGGCUGCAUUACCUCACAGCUCCAGAAACAGAACCAAAACAGAGCUGAACAAAGAAGCCCAAAGCCGGAGGAAAAGCAGAAGUGGGAGUCCCGAGGCAUGACCCUUCUUGAGGGGGACUGAAGCCUUGGGGGCAGCUGGGACCUUCAUGCUGGAGAGAUGGCCCAGAGGGACUGGAUCCUGUGUCUGCCCCCAGCCAUGCUGCUUCUCUGGGUCCCAGGCUGCUGGUCCCUGAGUGGCCCCCACAGAGUGACGGGCGUCGUCGGGGGAUCGCUGAGCGUGCAGUGUCAGUAUAAGAAGGAAUUCAUAGAUCAUACCAAAUACUGGUGCAAAUCCCCAUGUUUGUUAUCGUGGAAGAUGGUGGAGACCACAGAGUCAGAGAGAGAAGUAAGGAAUGACCGCGUGUCCAUCAGGGACCAUCCUGCAAGCCUCACCUUCACAGUGACCUUGGAGAGCCUUAGAAUGGACGAUGCGGGAACAUACUCUUGUGGGAUCAAUAUACCAUUUUCACUUGACCUCACCUAUGAGGUUGAGGUGUCUGUGUUCCCAGCAGCAACACCAGCACCAAAGUCAACCCCACCUACCACAACCAAGACCUCAACAACCACAACCAGGAUGUCAGCUCUGUCAUUCACCGCCCCGGCCACAGUGAGUGCCACUUACAGUGCCAGCAGCCAGGAGGAAUCCCAGCCCGUCCUGGACCAGAGGCUCCAAGUGCUGCUGCCCUUGUUAGCAGUUCUGCUGCUCCUGCUGGGGGGCGUCUCACUGCUGGCCUGGAGAAUGGUUCAGAGACAGAGCAAAGCUGGUAAGAAUCCAGAACCACCCCAGAACCCCAGUCAGGCUGCUGAGCAGAGUGAGCCCUGCUAUGCAAACGUGGAGCUGCAGACGUGGCCCCCUCCGGCAGAGCCCAGGCAGCCCAGGCAGGCGGAGGCGGAGGACAUGGUGUACAGCACGGUGAGGCCCCCCAGUGAAAGUCUUCACUACACCACGGUGGUGUUUGACUCACCAAGACAGGAUUCCAAGGCUGACAGGACAUCCUCCCCGGGGCCCCAGAAGCAGGAGCCAGUGUACAGCCUGGUUAAGAAGACAUAAGCUUGCACCUCCAGCCUUGCCAUCUGGAGGCCUCUGUGGGUCACAGGAAGCCUAGGGCUGGCCCCUCAGCCCUCACCCACAUCUGCCAACACCGCUUCUCUUGAUGGUGACCAACAAGGCAGCUGGGCUCCCGAGGGCCAACCCUCGUGUGCCAUCAGCCAGCCUGGUUUUAUUGAGGACGAGUGAGAAUGUGAUUCUGGAGGGACCUGUGGGAAACCUUCUGUCCCACUGGCUCCUGAUGCGUCUUUCCCCUUUUCUCUGCCUCUUCCCAGCUCUGGGGUAGGAGGGCAGGAUCUCAGCCCCACGUGAGGUCUCCAGGAAACGAUGGGACUCAUGCAGGGUGAUACCCACGAACAGCUUUGUACAUCACAGCCCCAUGGAACUGUCUGGGGUUGCUGCAGAGUGGUCCCCACUGGCAAAGAGCCAGGAGAUGCAAAGGCCCUGAGGACUCAUCUUACAGACAAGGAGACCAAGACCCAGAGAGAGGAGAGGCUUGCCCACAGCUCCAGAACCGUGUUUCUCUGGACUCUGAGAUAGGUUCAUUUUUAAUAUGAGGUUAAUAAAUUAAUAAAGUUUAAAAUAUCUUGAGAGAAGAAAAUAUUAUUUAUACAAUGCCUGCUCUGUGUUGGCAAUCUUGUAUUUAAAGAAAAAUCCUUUCUUUGGAAGGCUGAAUAAUAUUCCAUUUAUGUAUGUAUUACAUUUUGCUUAUCCAUUCAUCCAUCAGCGGACACUUGGGUCGCUUCUGGGUUUUAGUUGUGAGUAACGCUGUUAUGAACAUGAUGUACAAGUAUCUCUUUGAGACCCUGCUUUCCAUUCUUUUGGGUGGAUACCUGGAAGCAGAGUUGCUGAAUCAUAUGAUGAUCUAUUUUUAAUUUCUGAGGAACUGCUGGGCUGUUAUUUGCAGUGUCUCUACCAUUUUAUACUCCCACCAACAGUGCACAAGGGUUUCCAAUUUCUCCACAUCCUUUUCAACCUUUGUUUUUUUCUUUUUUUAAAAAAAGUAACCAUCUUAGUGGUGAUUUUGAUUUGCAUUUCCCCAGUGAUCAGUGAGGUCGAGCACCGUUUCGUGUGUUUAUUGGCCUUUUGUGUAUCUUCUUUGAAGAACUGUCUAUUCAAGUCUUUUGCCAGUUUUCAGACUGAGAGGGUUUUGUGUGUGUGUGUGUGGCUGUUGAGUUUUUGUUGUCUAUGAAUUCUGGAUAUUAAUCCUUAUCAGAUAUGUGAUUUGCAAAUAUUUUCUCUCAUUCUGUGGAUUGCCUGUUUCUUGGAUCAUGAUUAAUGCCCAAACAGUAUGAAUUCAGCCAGUCAUCCAAUGUGGCUUUUCUCCCACCUCAAUAUGAAUAAAAUGCUGUUAAGAACAAUUAAGAGAGGGGGAAGGUAGAGGUCAGUGGUAGAGCGCAUGCCUAGCACGCACGAGGUCCUGGGUUCAAUCCCCAGUAUAGCCAUUAUAAACAAACAAACAAACCAACCAACCUAAUUACCCACCCCCCACCAAAUUAAAAAAAAAAUUAAGAGAAUCCAGUUAUACUUUUAAAAUUUAUUUCUAACUUCAUCCUGUUGUGGUCAGAGAAGAAACUAUCUUUUUAAAUCUAGUAAGACUUAGUUUGUGGCUUCACAUAUGGUCUAUCCUGGAAAAUGUCCCACGUGCACUUGAGAGGAAUGUGUGUGCUGUGGCGGGGCUGGUUGUUCUGUACACGUCUGUUAGAUCUGGUUGAUUUAUCAUGCUGUUUAAGUCCUCUGUUUCCUUGCUUACCUCCUGUCUGGUCAUUCUAUCCGUUGUUAAGAGAGGGGUAUUGAAGUCUCCAACUACUACUGUAGACGUGUCUACGACCCCCUUCAAUUCUGUCAGUUUUUGCUUCACGUAUUUUGAUGGUCUGUCGUUAGGUGCAUAAUUAUAAAUAUAAUUGUCGUAUCUUCUUGCCGUUGCUCCCUAUCCAAGUCCAUUGCUGGAUGAGACAAAUAAACUUGAAUGUCUUUGAGUCA